AUGGGGCAUCACAGCCCAGCUGCCUUGGUGAAAGCACCAACUACACAAAUACCAGUCACACCAACACCAGUCACACCAACUACACAAAACACCAAUCACACCAGUCACACCAACUACACAAACACUAAUCACACCAGCACCAAUUACACUAACACCAAUCACACCAGCACCAACUACACAAACACCAAUCACACCAACACCAACUACACAAGCAACCAAUCACAUCAACACCAGCUACACAAACACCAACCACACCAGUACCAACUACACAAACACCAAUCACACCAACACCAGCUACACAAACACCAAUCACACCAGCACCAGCUACACAAACACAAAUCACACAAACACCAACUACCCAAACACCAGUCACAACAGUACCAACUACACAAACACCAACUACACAAACACGAACUACACAAACACCAGUCACACCAACACCAGUCACACCAGUACCAACUACACAAAACACCAAUCACACCAACACCAGUCACACCAACUACACAAACACCAUCACACCAGCACCAACUACACAAACACCAACCACACCAGUACCAACUACACAAACACCAAUCACCCCAACACCAGUCACACCAACUACACAAACGCCAAUCACACCAGCACCAACUACACAAAUACCAGUCACACCAACACCAGUCACACCAACUACACAAAAACCAAUCACACCAGCACCAGCUACACAAACACAAAUCACACAAACACAAACAUCAUCACACCAGCACCAACUACACAAAAACCAAUCACCCCAGCCCCAACUACACAAACACCAAUCACACCAGCACCACCUACACAAAAACCAAUCACACCAGCACCAGCUACACAAACACAAAUCACACAAACACAAACAUCAUCACACCAGCACCAACUACACAAAAACCAAUCACAACAGCACCAACCACACAAACACCAAUCACACCAGCACCACCUACACAAAAACCAAUCACACCAACACCAACUACACAAGCAACCAAUCACAUCAACACCAGCUACACAAACACCAACCACACAAGUACCAACUACACAAACACCAAUCACAAUCACACCAACUACACAAACACUAAUCACACCAGCACCAAUUACACUAACACCAAUCACACCAGCACCAACUACACAAAUACCAAUCACACCAGCACCAACUACACUAACACCAAUCACACCAGUACCAACUACACAAACAACAAUCACACCAACACCAGCUACACAAACACCAAUCACACAAACACCAACUACACAAACACCAGUCACACCAACACCAGUCACACCAGUACCAACUACACAAACACCAAUCACACCAGUACAAACUACACAAAACACCAAUCACACCAACCCCAGUCACACCAACUACACAAACACGAACUACACACUAAUCACACCAACACCAGUCACACCAACUACACAAACGCCAAUCACACCAGCACCAACUACAGAAAAACCAAUCACACCAGCACCAACUACACAAAUACCAAUCACACCAGCACCAACUACACUAACACCAAUCACACCAGUACCAACUACCCAAACACCAAUCACACCAGCACCAGCUACACAAACACAAAUCACACAAACACCAACUACCCAAACACCAAACACACCAGUACCAACUACACAAACACCAAUCACACCAACACCAGCUACACAAACACCAAUCACACAAACACCAACUACCCAAACACCAGUCACAACAGUACCAACUACACAAACACCAACUUCACAAACACGAACUACACAAACACCAGUCACACCAACCCCAGUCACACCAGGUGCUGUGUGAAAAGUCCCGUGUUUACCUCUACCCCUGACCCGGAAGUUUACUUUUGA